UACUGUUUCUACGAUGACACAUCUAGCCGCGAUUUCGGUUUCUUGAUUUUGAACUUAUAUGAACAAAAUCUUGAAGAAUUUGUCAGGUUUGAAGGUAAAAACAUAACAGAAUCGUGUGCUCGAGAGAUGAUACGCCAAGUGCUUGAAGGCCUGCGAGCAUUGCACUCCAGAGAACCUAGAAUUCUUCACCGGGACUUAAAGCCAACUAAUAUUCUAGUCGACCUGAGAGGCAAUUUACUGUUGUCGGAUUUUGGUAUAGGACGAUUCUUCCCAGAAGAAGGUGCAACAACAUACAAUACUUCUAGCGAAAGUGGAUCGCACGGCUGGGUCGCAUACGAAUGUAUUGAUUGGGAAAAGUUGUUUUCAAACAAGAUGCCGAGCCAUUUGGAUGAACCAAUUCAACUCAAAUGGAAAGAGCAAUCAGAUAUCCAAGUGGCAGGCAUGUUAUUAUUUUACAUCCUAACAAAAGGGGAACAUCCGUUUGGUCCGCCCAUAAAGCAAAUGCAAUGUUUAUACGAGGAUAAAAAAGUUGGAUUAGCAGACCUCAAAGAUCCUGUGGUGAAAGACUUGCUCUUUCAGAUGUUGACUCAAAAGAUGGAAGAACGGCCAUAUGUUGAGCAAGCCUUGAAGCACCCUUACUUCCUCUCUCUCGAUGAGCAAAUGAGAUUUGUUGAAGCCCUGGGGAAUGAAAGCAAGAUGAAGAACGGCAAUGCUGUCUCCAAACAGCUGGACAGCCCUAAACGAUCCAAACCUCGAUGUUGGUUGCUACCAAAUAAUUGGAAAGACGAAAUUGGUCCUGAUGACCUUCGGAUGUUAUGUAGCGGAGGUAAAAAAACCCCAACAGAUUAUAAUGGCCUUCGAUACACACAUUGCGUUCGACUUAUACGAAACGCAAUUCAGCACCGAGGCGACAAACUACGUCGAUUGAAAAAUAAGAAAGAGGGUACUUCUUCGAUCGAGGAGUAUUUUUUCCACUUGUUUCCUCACCUGCCUUUUGUUCUAUAUCAGAUAAUCAGAGAGAACCCCAGCUGGAAAAGACUCCCAGUCUUGGAAGAGCUUUUUCCUGUGAUAAACCGUCGUUCAGUGUCUGAGUCUGAUGCAGAUUAAAGUAUAUAUGCAGAGUAUACUUCAGCCAGAAACGUCGACGCGUUUGAUGGCGUUUGUCGUGAAAAUGUGUCAAAUGUCGUGGUUGUCUGUACAGCUGUUGUGUGUGUAUUUUAUAUUCAUAUAAUUUUAUAUAUUCAUUUAUGUGGAAAUAGAGUAAGCUUGUAAACAGGGGAAAUAAUGCGCGCAAACAAACGCACGUCCAACCACGAAGAAGGAAAACCGCCUGUCCCACACGCUAACGCAAACGGAUGGAAGAAUAGGGGCAGUGUGGUUAGAGAGUUAACCGCACGCGUUGCGGGAAAAACAUCAUGGGACGUGCAUAAAUUGCGCAAAGGAAGUUGAUGUGAAAAUGGAAUAACAUCCCCUAUAGCUUUAGUAUAAAUAUAAGUAGAAUUGUAAACUUUAAGUUAGUGUGUUAGGAGAGUUGUAUUGUGUGGUGUGUUGUCACCGUAACGUCAGAGCGAGUGUGUCCUUCUUAAGCGUGUUGUCUUAAGAGUAUUGUGUCAUCGACGUGCACUAUAUAGUGUUUACCAAAUAUACCUGUACAUAGAGUGUUAAUAAAAGUUAAGAAUACAGUCCCCGAGUUGUGGUAUUCGUUGAAUCUGGUGUCAGCAGCAGCGUAACUUGCAGAAAGGCGAAGUUACGCGACAGCGUUUUUAAAAGCUGUCGAUUCAUGCAUGGGGAAUAAUUACCAUCGAUCUGUCCAUCUGGGCUUUUAGCCAUCAACAAUAAUCAAUAUAAUCACAUGUUUAUGUACUGUAUAAGUCUGUAUUUAUGUAUAAAUGAAAUGUUCAAGUGUACAGUUUGCCAAUAAAUAAUUUUAGAAUA